AUGAUGAAGAAGAUACACAAUCUUUGAUUAGUGAUGAUAUAUUAUUAAAUAAUAAUGAAUCUAAUAAUAAUUUAUUAAGUUUAUAUAUUCAUGCUGCUAUUGAUAUUAAUGCAAAAUGGAAUUUACAUGAUCUUUUUAUUAGAGAAUUAAAGAAGCCAGAAUUUAUAUCUACAUUAUCUGAAUUUAAUUAG